AUGAACCAGCUGUCGCAAAGGCGCACUCUCCAGGACAUCGAGAAUGAGCUCGAUAUCACGAUAUACCCUGGGACAGAGGUGAUGGUGGAUGUCGGGUCACAUCACUUUAUCAAGUCCGGAAAUGGUAGCGAAGGGGCGCGUGUCCUUGUUCCUCAGCCUUCUAAUGAUCCUCUUGAUCCCUUGAACUGGACUUACACGUGGAAGCUCAUUACGAUCAUUUGCGCCAGCUUUGUCUCCAUAAGUCAAAAUCUUGGCCCUCUCGCAAACGCACCUCUAUUCGGCUUAUACAUGGAAGAAUGGAACAUUAGCCUAGCAGACGCCGUUCAAACGACAGCCGUAGCAAUCCUUGUUCUCGGUUUUAGCAAUUUGAUAUGGAUCCCAAUUUCAACAUGUUUCGGUCGACGGCCAGCCCUCAUCUUCAGCACUUUGAUAUGCACAGUUUCUUCGAUCUGGAGAGUUCGAUCAACAAGCUACAAGUCCUUUCUUGGAGCAUCUGCUCUUAAUGGUUUCGGCGCCGGUCCUUGCGAGAGUUUAAUGCCACAAAUAAUUGCCGACAUUAUUUUCCUUCACGAUCGCGGCAAAUACCAGACAUUAUAUUUUGCAAUUUACUUUGGGUCUCUCUCAAUUGGUCCCAUCAUUGCUGGCAGCAUGGCCGAGCGGUUCGGAUGGAGGUCAUUCUGGUGGAUGAAUUCUGGACUCCUUAUCUUCACUCUGAUUCUCAACAUUGCGCUACUUCCCGAAACGCGUUUUGCGCGGAAAACAGAAGAGACUGUGUCAGAACCCAUUUCUCCCGUUGAUGAACCCGAAAUUAAGGGUGGGUCCAUUGUUGAUCACUCGGAGGAUGCCUCCGGGCAACAGCCUCAAGAUCAAUGGCUAUCACGCGGACAUCCAUCUCUAAAGCAGUUCAGUCUCUGGGGAGCAUAUCAGGGGAGUAUUUUGCAAGAAUUGUGGCUUCCAUGGUAUCUCCAUGCCUUUCCAAUCGUUGAAUUCGCUGCCUUUGUAGUUUCCUUCUCGGCAUCCGGUUUCCUGGUGGCAAAUUUGACUCAACAGCAGUUUUUCGGAGCACCGCCUUACAACUUUUCGACACAGGCAGUGGGCUUUACCAAUUUUGCCAUAUUUGCGGGUAGCAUGAUUGGGUUGCUAACAUCAGGUCCAUUAUCAGACUGGGUUGCAAAUUACUUCACCAGGCGCAACAGGGGUAUCCGAGAGCCGGAAAUGCGGUUGAUUGCAAUGUUGCCUUACACUUUAAUCAUGAUCGUCGGACUUGUUGUGGUUGGUGUGGGCUACAGUCAGCUGUGGUCGUGGAAAGUAAUUGUCAUUAUCGGCUACACUUUACUCGGAAUGCAAGUGACAAGUCUGCCGAGUAUUGCAUCAACUUACGCUAUUGACAGCUAUAAGCCAGUCACAGGCGCCAUUUUUGUUGCAAUUACCAUCAAUAAGAAUUUGUGGGGUUAUGGUUUUGGCAAGUUCAUCACGCCCUGGACACUCGAGAUUGGGUAUCUUACACCGCUCAUGACACUCAUGGCCUUGAUCACGUUCUUUUGCAGUUUCAGUAUUUUAUUCUGGUACUGUGGUAAAUACUUCCGGGGCCGGUCAAAGAACUCGUUCCUACACAAGCUAGAGAGUUAG